AUGGCGUCCAGUUGUGAUAAUCUACAGUCUGACACCCUCUCGAGUGUUUCCACACAAACCCCAUCUCAUCCAUCUCAUCCCUCUCUCCCCUCUCUAUCCCCGACCAAGGCCCCACUCCCAACGACGGUGCUCCUCCGCGAUGCUCUCAUAGCAACCCAGGAUCGCCCACAUCUCCCUCAAGGAACCAACAGCGUACUUUGUACACAAAUAUCCGAAUCGACUCAAGAGGAGGACGCAGGCUUGUCGCUGCCUUCUUCGACAUUACGGUCGUUUCGCCGGAAGUCGAUCAAUCGGCGAUCGAAGAAAGCGCUGUCGACCGACUGUAUACCGCGACAGACAAUUUUGAAAGCCCUGGCCUCCCGAGCUUCGAUCCUCGGCAAUACCACCAACAUGUCGACGAGUUCCUUGUCGAGUAUGCUCGCGAAUAAAUCCACCCAGGCUUCCCCGCCUUCUGACAGCCGACAACGGCGGGGGAGCAACGAUUCCUCCCACAACCUCUCUGCCGCACUAUCAAAUCUUCAAUUGAACGGAUAUCUCGAUCGAUCACCUACCACGGCACGUCUAAUACUGCAAUCGCCAUGUUAUUUCCAUCAGCGCUUCGAUGACGCUGUCAACAUAAAAAAGGGUGUUGGAGGAAAUUGCCGACGACGAGUGGCUGUCCCAUUCGCGACUAGUUCAGACGGCAACUGGAUGCGAAAUGUCAUGAUUGUCACUAAGGCGCGUGAUAACAGCUUGGUACACUUGACUCGGGAAGUUGCCGAGUGGCUGCUUUCGACCUCAAGAUAUGGAAGUGAAUUAGGAGUCAAUGUCUACGUAGAUGCGAAACUGCGAAAUUCGAAGCGAUUUGAUGCUCCGGGCCUGUUGCAGAAAGACCCGAUGUUUGCCCAGAUGUUACAUUUUUGGACACCGGAUCUUUGUUGGACAUCGCCAGAUAAAUUCGAUUUGGUGCUGACGCUUGGUGGUGAUGGUACCGUUCUCUUCACAUCUUGGCUCUUUCAGCGCGUGGUUCCGCCCGUGCUCUGCUUUUCGCUUGGCAGCCUGGGCUUCCUGACAAAUUUCGAGUUUUCCGACUACAAAUCACAGCUUAAUGCCGUUAUGGGCGAGGUGGGCAUGCGCGUCAAUUUACGCAUGCGAUUCACAUGUACCGUAUAUCGGAAAGACCGGAGCAAGGGAGCAGAGGUGGGCGCUGUCGAGGAGGGCGAGCAAUUCGAACUCUACGCCGACGACGAACUGCUCACAGUCGUCCAAGCAGACGGCUGUAUCUUUUCCACGCCGACAGGUUCCACGGCGUACUCUCUAUCCGCUGGCGGUUCUCUUAUGCAUCCAUCCAUCCCUGGCAUCCUCCUCACUCCAAUAUGCCCGCACACCCUCUCUUUCCGCCCAAUGGUCCUCUCAGACUCCCACCUUCUCCGUAUUGCAGUUCCCAAAUCCUCCCGGUCCACCGCUUACUGCUCCUUUGACGGUAAGGGCCGCGUCGAACUCCGCCAGGGCGACUACGUCACUGUCGAAGCUAGCCAGUACCCAUUCCCAACAGUUGUUUCCAACAACAACGAAUGGUUCACUAGCGUCCAGCGUGCUCUACGGUGGAACACCCGCGGCGCGGUCCAGAAGAGCUGGGAUGGUGGCGAUGCCGACGCGGAUUUGAACAGUGAUCCCAAUGAGGACGAACAGUGGGACAUCGAUAUGGACACCAUGCUUGGUGGUACAGAUAGCGGCAUCGGUCCCAGUGAAGAUGGGGAUGCUCUAUCGCCCAAUCCCAUGCGUCGACAAAUGAGCUUGCUCAAUAUGUGA